UGGUUACUGGCACCCAUUCAGGUUGAGGUGUCAUUGGGAUCUCAGAUUGCAGCGAGGGGCUGGCAGGCAGCCAGGGGCAGUCUAUUUAAGACAUGCCUGCUCGGCACUAUUCAGUCUCUUUAGAAACUUCUCCAGGGGAAAAGUGUUGGGAGAUCUACAAAGUGGAAUUUCCCCCCCUUCUUUUUCCCCCUCCUCCUUCGUUCUCUUUUCUACUGCCGACUUUGUAAAAAUCCUCCAACUUUACAGAAAACCUCUUUGUUGUUCUUAACCCAAUCUAGGAAGAGGAGGAUAAAAAAAAAAAUUACAGCCAGCCAGUCCCAGGCUAAAGCUCUUCUUGACAAAGCACUACCUGCUUUAGUGCUACUCUAGAGGUUUUUCAUUUGCUGCAGAUAAUAUCAGGACAGCCGAAAAGAAGCUUGCUCCCUUCUUUGCUUCCUCCCUAGUCUCUUGCAGACGUUGCUUUUUUUUUUUAAAGUGAAGCGCGUGGAUUAUUUUUCAUACCUCUUUGUGCAGCUUCCCCAAAGCAACCUUGCUCUUCUUCCCCUCCUUUUCCAGCGGCUCCCCCCUCCCCAACCCCCAGUUACCAACCUGUUGCAUCUGUAAUUCUUGCAACUGCAUUGCCUGCAGAUUUUGACAGCCGGGUUUUGAUUUUAAUUCUGAUCCUUACAUCAUUUUGAGGUGGAAAGCUGUUCUGGAAUUUAAGGAAGGAGACACUUUUUUUUCUUUUUUCAAAAAAGGUUUUUUUUUCCUUUUAAAAAAGGACAAAUAAAUACUGCCUUGGGUGCCUGCCACAUUGCGCGCCUGCCGGUGCCUUGAAGAUGCUCCUGACCCAGGUUUUGCUCUUGUGCCUGUGCCUGGGGCUUUCCCAAGGGUUGGGUUCCUUUGUGCACUGUGAACCUUGCGAUGAGAAAGCUCUGUCCAUGUGCCCUCCCAGCCCGGUGGGCUGCGAGCUGGUGAAAGAGCCUGGUUGCGGAUGCUGCAUGACGUGCGCCCUGGCCGAAGGGCAGUCUUGUGGGGUGUACACCGAACGAUGUGCCCAAGGCUUGCGCUGCCUGCCACGCCAAGGUGAGGAGAAGCCUUUGCACGCCCUGCUCCAUGGCAGAGGGGUCUGCCUCAAUGAAAAGAGCUACAGGGAGCAAGCCAAGAAUGAAAGGGAAUCCCGAGAGCAUGAGGACCCAACCACAUCAGAGAUGGCAGAGGAAACCUACUCACCCAAAAUAUACAGAAACAAGGGACACGAGCGCCUCUCUGAGCUCAAGGCACAGGCCCUGAAGAAGGAUCGCAGGAAGAAGUUGACUUUAUCAAAGUUUGUUGGUGGGGCAGAAAACACAGCACACCCCCGAGUUGCUGCCCCUGAGCUGAGACCAGAGUUUGAACUGGGUCCUUGUCGUAGACAGAUGGAGGCAUCACUGCAGGAGCUCAAAUCGAGCCAGCGCAUGAUCCCCCGUGCCGUCCACCUUCCCAACUGCGACAGGAAAGGCUUCUACAAGAGGAAACAGUGCAAGCCAUCUCGGGGCCGAAAACGUGGACUGUGUUGGUGUGUGGACAAGUAUGGACUGAAGCUGCCGGGAACGGAUUAUGUAGCCGGAGACCUCCAGUGUCACAACUUUGACAGUGGCAACACUGAGUGAAUAUCCCUCUUGCUUCUCCCUGCCAGAGCCCUUCCCCACCCAUCACCCACCCACACCUCACGAUGCCCCAGGAGACUGAUUCCUUUCAUCUCAUUUAAGAAACUGAGGACCUCGGAAUCUACAGUCUGUCAUCAGCUUCUCUCAAUGGCAAUGGCAGAGACUAAAGAAGAAAAGGCAACACUUGAAGCCUAAAAUAAAUAAAAAUGGAAAAGGAAGGAAUGAGGAAGAAGACGACGACGAUGACAAGCAGCCACCUCCCUUGGGACAUGGCCCUCAAAGAAUUCCAUAGGCCGACGUGCUUGCAAGUCACUCCACCCAGCCACCAGACUGCACCACUGUAGGAAGCUCUUAGAAGCACUUGAAUUAUGUUUUCUUUUAUUCUUUUCCUUUACUCUUGUGGGUUUAAAACCUUUUGAAUUUGGAAAGUACUUAGUCUAACCAAUAGAAUCCUAGGACAAACAGGCCUCUCGCUAUUCAAUCCAUAUAUUCUGUCAUGUUUCAUUUUUAAAUGUCAUUUCUACCCCUUCCCCCAGGGCUAAAGUUUAAUUUCUCUUUCUCUCCUCUCUCAUUUUCUUUUUACUAAAAUGCAAGUGGGUCAGAGAACAACAGAACCUGCAGCAGGAUAAAGUAAAGCCAAACGCUUUCAGUCCCCACUGGGACCGUUUCCCUGUGCAGUAAGUAAGAAGUUUGAUCUGAUUAUUUAAGGUGUCAUUGUCCAUCCCUUUCCUGUGUAAAUACAGCUGUGGCGCACAUGUUUACUCUUUCUUGAACGAGCCCCUUUUCUUACCAGCAGAACCCUUUGACUUUAAUCAUGUAAGAAGCCCCACAAGCUUCUUUGCAGUUACUUGUGCAAGUCAAAGGUGUUCGAGGUUGUGUAUUUGCAGGGUCUUCAUGACCCAAGGUGGAGCAAGAGUGUGCCAGGCAUCCUGCAGGUGCUUAAAGCAUAUUUUUGUUGUUGCUUGUAUAAACAGACCUGUGUAUUUUCACACCCUGCUAGGUAAGAAAAUAUUAUCAUCCUCUGCUUUUUACCAUAAGGGUGUGAAUUGGGGGAGGGGCAGCAGAAAAGACCCCUCAUAUUUUAUUCAAGUAUCCUAAAUAGUUGUACAAGCACAAUUUGAAAGAGUUAAAAUAUGCUUCAUAAAAUCAUACACACUAGAUUUGUAAACCUGGUACACAGGUAGAGAGAAACAUUUUAUCAUCUUUCAGUAUCUAUGAAAUAUCUGGAAGUCUUUGUAGAAGGAGGCCUCUGCUCUUUCAAAGUGUACCUGAGUAACUGACCGAGAGGAGGUUUUUUGUCAUUCUUUUUCCUGAAAGAGACGCUGACCCUUUAACUACUGCAGAGCAGGUAGACAUUCAGCAUGCGAUGAUUUAUCCCCAUCACUGCAUCUUAGUGGACACAGAGCCUCUUUCAGGAAAGAAAAGUUCCUAACUCUAGUUACAUGUCCAAAUAGAUGGCACAUGAGGAAUCACCCACAGAAACCAUUGAUUUGACAACUUUCACAUUAAGGCUUGGGCAGACCACUAAAAUCAUUUAUCUUAAUUAUUGUUAUUAUCUAACAUUUUGUCCCUAUGGAAACUGCCACGAGUAAGGUCUUUUCUAUGCCCAUGACAAUGAGUGAAAUGCAAGAAAAUAACGUGAGAGAGAGAGAGAGAAAGAGAAGAAUGCCCAUCCAAAGUCACUAGUGUUGGGGGGAUAUCAUUGAAAUAGUGAAGCAUGCAAUCUACUGGCAGGUGCAAAAAGAAAUGGAGCCCUUGGCAAUGUCCUGGAGGAGGACCCCAAAGGAAUCAAGGACACUGGUGUGGCUGGCUGCAAACACUUCCAGACAACGUGCUACUCAGAGACAUGGAGAGACAGAGAGAAUUGUUUUCUUGCUUGUGGGCACAUGGGGAACCCCACUCUGCCUGCUGAGCAUCAGAAAAGAGUGCUGUUGAUAGGAGAACCAGAAGGACACCCACGACACUCUACACACACACACACACACCCGUAAGCACAGAUGAAAGGGAAAUGAGGACUCUUCCAGACUGCACAAAAAUGACUGUGGUGGUUUUGCUUCUGCCCCCUUUGCCACCAGUCCAGCUCGGCUCCAGAACAAAGUUAAAAGCCAACAGAAUAUCAGGUCUUCCCAGGGCUGUGAGAACUGUCCAAGAAAAUCUGGAUCGGGGAAUCCUCAAAUGGUCUCAAUGUUUGAGGAGUGUAGGUGGGGGAGAUUUCUCCACAUUUCAACAUGCAGAAGCCCAUCCUUUUGGGCAGACUCUGGGAAAUAUGGGGAUGGUAAUGGAAAUUUCCUUCCAAGGUAAAAGCUUUUCAAGUCUGAUCAUUUGGGUGGGAUCCCCACCACAAAAUUGAACAGUGCAAAGAAAACCCACUCCAUCCUUUGACCUCUAUUUCCAUAUUUCAUCCAGAUUUUUGGAAAAGUGGAAAUUACCUCUAGCUGUUUCAUGUACCCCUUCCCCUGGGCUUUGGAAGCAGUGACAAGACUUUUAUACCUUUCCCCCUCCAGAUCGGAGCUAAACCUACCAUGACCUCCUGUGUAACAGAAGGCUGAACUGUGUUUUGACUGGAACAUUUUCUGCCAUAAUAACAGGUGGGCCCAAGUCUCAUUUCCCCCCAACCCUGCUUUAGAGUAGAGAAAGGUGAAAAAUGCCCCUUUGUUUGCUACCUGCAUUUAGGUGGGACUAUUUGCCUAAGCCUCUCACCUAAACUAGAUAAGCCCUUGGGUGCUCUGCUGACUAUGUAAUCAGAACAAUAUAAUCCUAGCUAGGUAGCUCCUCCCCAAUUCCCUUGGAACAAGAAUGGUACAGAUCACUUAUGCCAGUCAAUGGAGCUCAUAGGACAGAAAGAAUAUCACUGUCCCUUUUAGAGAUUCUGUAUUUACAAGGGUAGCAUGAAUGGGCUUCUAUGUCACAAGCAUGGGAACUGGGAAAGGGUACAGAUUCAUGGUAGUGACGGAAGGGAGGGGCAGUACCCCCUGUUGCCUUGAUAUUGGCAACUUUUUUUUACCAGCAAUGGCCAUAAUCCUGAUGUCCAUGCAAGACACCCAUGUGCAACAUCUGGGCUGUCCCUGCAGCCUUCUACCAGGUAAGAGGAAAGAAAUCAUUUCAGGGUUUCUUUGGCAAUAGCUUUCAGCAUGGUUCAUUCCUGUGGGCUGCUAAAUCACUUGUGUUUUGUUGGCUAAGGAAAGGUCCUGACUGCAUCCCUCCUUCCCCACAGAAGAUCAUGUGAACAGCCCCAGUGGUGUGUAUGGGUCUCACUUGGGAUAAUGGCCAGUAUUCCAAAAGGAGGACACCUAAAGUGACACCAAAAAGUGUAUUUUCUUAAAUUUGAAAACUUUUACCCAUCUAGAAAAUAAGAGCCCUUCUUACUCAGUAAACAGGGCAUGGGGAUAGCCACUUGAUCUCCCACCUCCCCAGCACACACACAGAGUAAAGGUAUUGCAAACAGGACAGGUGGCUUGGAGUGAAUCAAUGUUACCACCUAAACUGUUCCCUUGCCAGCUCACAUUAAGGGUUUUCUGAUAAGGGCAAAGGAUGUCUCUGAGGACUGUUCCAUUACCUGGGCGCAGACUUUGCUGGCUGUUGCCAGUCUAAAUGCAAUGGCUACAGCUGAGUGUCUAGAGUGGAGCACAUCUUUUGUCCAUGUUGCUUAAGUGUGGAGAACCUGAAGCAGAUGCAGGCUUUGGUCAUUAGAAGGUCAACUUAAGGAUUUAAGAUUUCUUAAAGAAGUACUCAAAAUCUCAGCUGAAAGACAGGGGAGCUGCUGCUCCAGUCUUAACCCUGCAAAGCUACCAUUGUUCUGGAGAAUUUAAAAACUGCAACAGUGCACAGUCCCUUUUUCCUGACAGGUCCUGCAGAGGUGACUUUCAAAGCCUGAGUGCCGCUUGUAUCAAGUGGAGAGCUCCACAAGAACCAUGCCCCCAGCAAAAGUCCUAAAUUUGCCCUGCUUCAACUAAAAGUGGGUUGACAGCGUUGAGUGCCCUUAAGAGGUCAUAAGCUGACCACUGGAAUAGCCUUUGCAGAGUUUUGACCACUUCCUAACAGCAGAGAAAAACUGCAGUUGCAAUGCAGUUCUUGGGAACAUCAGCGUCUGCAGAAGAUGUAGGACAUGGCUAGCAGGGGUGGCUGGUGGUUCCAUGUCAGUGAGACAGUGGGAUCUGUUCUGGGUUGCAGUGCAAGCUGAAGCACCUUGGACAGUUCCUUGAAAGUUUGAACUAAAACCCGGAGUGGAGCCACCAGCUGCCACUGAUGACUAGAAAUGGGACUUAGAACUUGGGCUGCUUUAUCCAUCAUAUGCAUUCAUACCUACCAAUAAACUUUCACAAUGCUCUGACUAUCAAAAAUAGAGGGAUCUCUUUUCCAACCUGUAGAUUCCAAGGUACCAGCAUAAGAGACAACAUGGGGGAGCAAAACCUGUUAAGAGCAGAAGCCAGUUUUUUAAUUACUCAAGGGGAUCUGCUAUUAGAAGAAGGGUUUGUAUUUUACCCCUCCUACCGAUCUUCCCUAUCUUUUAGCCUUUUAUGUUACAUUGGCGACAGUGCCCCCUUCUGGCAACCCACUCUUAAGAAUCUCCCCGACGGUAAACUACUGGUGAGUCAAGUCACACAACCCACCAUCUGUUUUAAAAACAUGCUGAACUCAAUUGUGUUACAAGCUUUAAAUGUGGCAUAUUUGCCACUGAAUGCACAGAUUUCCCUCCUUCUGCCUUGCUGACCACGCUCUGUGUUUGAAAUCCUUUUAAUCUUCAGCUAUCCAUGAUCCCCAUUAAACUCCAGCUACCAUUGACUACAGAGUAGGAGAUGAAAGUUAUAUCGAAGUAGAAAAGUCACCUCAGGAAACAAUCUCUAUCGCUGACAAAGGAGAAAAGGCUCACUCAAUUUGCUUCAAAUAAUAAGGAGCUUUCCUGCCAGAGUAGGGGGUGAUGAGAAAAAGAUGAAAGACAAAGCAGUGGGUAAUUUCCUUUCAGAGACAUUGAUUUCAGAGACCGCACGGGAAGGUUUCACGUGGGUGUAGUUGCCCAGGGUCUUGGGGUCUUACACCCCUUACAUUUUUGGAAGCAGGGUCCCUGUGUCUCCAGCAUCCUGUGAGCCAAUCAGCAUGAAAGAGGAGUUUGUUAGCCACUGAGAAGAGUCUUCUAACAUUCUUCCUUGUCCUUUCCUGCUGAUUGGAGCCAAUCAGAGUGAAAGGAGGUGAAUCAGCCACUGAGAAGACUCUUCUCAGUAGCCAACACUCCUCUUUCAUGCUUCUUGGCUCCUAGGGACAUCUGUUGUUGUGGGAGAAGGUAUUAACAAGGAUCUCAUUCUCAACCCCACAGCAAAAAAGGAAGAGGGGGCAUGUCUGCGAAUAACAUGAAGGGACCCUGGACUUCUGAAUUUGGCACUACACUACUGGUUUUGGAGGCCUUUUUCACAAGGAAAAUGCUUAAGGAAGCAUUGUUAAGCUCUCGAUCUCCAAAGCAGUUUUCACUUACAGUGUUUGUGGGUGGGAAUCAGGAGCAUAUAGAGAUCUUUAGAGUCUUAGAAGGCCCCACUGCAGCUGAUAUUGCCUCUGAAGCACUGCAUCAGGGGAGCAAAGGCCUUUCAAGCUGAGAUAUUCCUUGUCAGUGCUGCAGAGGACAGUUUUAUUUUGAAACCACUAGUACAAGAGCAUAUUGCACUAUUUCUCCAUCUCUCACACGCACUCUUUUUAAACAGAGCAUCUUUAACUUCAGCAGUUGACAGGUCACUGCAGUCCCAGGCCACCUUCCUGGUAUGAGCAUCUCAGGUUAAGCCCAGGGAGGAGGGGGGGUUUGCAUCACUUCACUUCCAACUCCAGCCACUCCAAGCCCCUCCCACACCACCACUGGGACCGCUCUUCUACAAUGCAGUUAUAGCCCACAGCAGCAGUUUAACAACACACACACACAAUUCCGAGUUUCCUACCUGGUUUUAAUCAUUAUGCAGAAUUACUCACUACACAUUUUACGGUAGCUUUUAAUAGCUUUACAUACAUACAGUAGCUCUGUGGAUAUUUUUUUUCUUUUUGCAGUAAACAAAAAUAUUCAUACUCUUACCAGUGGGGGAGGGGGGGAGAAAAGCAGUUUGCGAAAAACUGACCAUGGAUGAGGAGUGUAAUUGCUCUGUUUAGCAUUUUGUACUUUAAAAAAAAAUCUCACAUUUUAUUAAAAAGUGAAGAUUGCUGUAUACUAUUUAUUCAACUUAUAAUUUAUGUUACUCUUUGAUCUUUGUCUUUUCUUAUGACAAAGCAUUUAUUUAAUAAAGUUAUGCAUUCAGUUA